AUGCAUGAGGAAUUUAAUGCUCUUACUAAACAGCAUACUUGGUAUCUUGUUCCGAAACCGGAAGGGGUUAAUGUUAUUCGUUGCAUGUGGUUGUUUCGUCAUAAGUACAGGAACACUGGUGAUCUUCAGCGCUAUAAAGCGCCACUUGUUGCUAAUGGUAAAUCUCAGCAGGUGGGCAUUUAUUGUGAUGAGACUUUCAGUCUGGUGGUCAAAUCGGCCACCAUUAGGACAGUUUUGAGCAUUGCUAUGGCUUCUUCGGAUGGUCUCCGCGAUCGCAUAUUAUCGCAGCUCAACGCUGAGUUUUCUAUGACUUGUCUGGGUAAGCUCAGCUAUUUUUUGGCGAUCUCUCUGCAACGUACCCCCAAUGGUAUGUUUCUUUGUCAGAAAAAGUAUGUUGAGGACAUCAUCCAGCGUGCUAAUAUGAGACAUUGCAAACCUGUUGCCACUUCUGUUGACACGAAUUCCAAGCUUGGUGCCUCUGACGGGUCUCUUGUGGCCGAUCCCACCCUCUACUGA